AUGGAUGAGUCUCAGCAGAGCCAGGAGGCCAGUGCAGGGGGCACUCACUGCUCCAAAGCUGACUCUGUUGGUUUUGAGGAUGACCAUGAUCAAACUGCACAAGAAAUACCAGUGAAUGAAGUGCCAGAGAAUGAAGCUCUUUCUCCUACAUGUGUCACAGACAGGAUAUUUUUCAUUGACUUAGCCAACAAGCAACUGUGAACCAUCUCGACGGGGGUCUUGAGUCUAGAAUAUCUGGAAGAGCCUCACAUGGAAAAGAACCUGAUUGUAAGCAUCUCCAGAGACAUCAAUCACCUGAGGCACGUGAAGGUCCUCUACUUGGAAUAGAAUCACAUACAGGACAUAUGCAAAGAACUAGGGGACCUGAAAUGUCUUCUGAGCUUAGAUUUAAGUAACAAUCCCUCUUGUAGUUCGCUGCUAGUUAGCAGCAAGUUGCAGUCCCUUCGUCAGCUCAGGCUCUAUAAAACAAACUUGUACAAAAUCCCAGUACAGAUCUGUGAAUACCUCCAUCGUGUUGAACUGCUUGGCCUUCCUGACAAUAAUCUCAAGUGUCUGCCUAAAGAAAUAGUGAACCUGACAAAACUCAAGGAAAUUUACCUCCAGAAAAAUAGAUUUAAAAGUUUUCCCAAGGAGCUUUGUCAUAUUGCUAAUUUAGAAAUAACCAAUCUGGAACAAAAUCUAAUCAGUUUCAUCCCAGAAGAGGUAGGCUUUUUGACAAACUUAGUUAAGCUAUUUUUAGCUUUUAAUAACUUAUCCUCCAGUCCUCCUACACUGCAACGCUGCCAGAAGCUGGCUGUGCUGGAUGUGUCUUAUAAUCUCCUGCACAAGCUUCCCCUAUGUUUGAAGAAUCUCACUGAAAUGAGAGUACUCAGACUGUCUGCUAACAGCCUGAAGAAGUUCCCACACCAGAUCUGCUGCUGGCCAUCCCUUUCCUGUGUUUAUCUGAGGAACACCGGACUGCGCACCGUACCCAGGUCCUUCACCAGAUUAACUAGUGUCAGGAUACUAGAUCUGAGUGAAAAUUGCUUUGAUGAGAUUCCUAAAGGAAUACGUACUAUGAAAAAUCUGGAAGUAUUGGCCCUAGAUGGCAAUCAGAUACAGGAGAUACCUGUGGAGGUGAAAGAACUGACAAAUUUGAAAUGCCUUAGCCUGUCUGAAAACUAAUUCAGUAUCUUUCCAAAGGAAAUCUUGCUCCUGGAGUCAUUAGAGAGAUUAUACCCGGGACAAGAUAAAGGAAUUAAAUUCACAAGUCUGCCAGAAGACAUCAGCAAAUUGCAGAAUCUGAAAGAACUGCAUAUGGAGAAUAAUUGUCUGGAGUACCUGCCCGCAGCCAUCGGCUCAUUGAUCCACCUGAAAAUACUUGACUGUCGCAACGAUCUCCUCAAACAGCUCCCAGACUCUGUAUGCCAAAUACAAGGUUUGCAAAAACUGCUCGUUCAGAACAAUCACCUGUCCCAGCUGCCCGAGGAUUUGGAUCUUCAGCAACUGGAGUUGGUCCUUGUGGAUAGGAACCCUACUACAGACCCUCCGAUUGAAGUGUGCUGCUAGGGGACAUCUGCCAUCUGGGAAUACUUAGGGGAAAAAAGGCGUAAAAAGGCCAUGAACUUAAAGAUCCAAAGUUUGUGGCAUGGGUUGAUGAAUCAAAAGGGGAUUGGAACUUUCCUGACACUUAAGAAUUUAACGAAAAAAAGAAAGAAGGAAAAGAAAGGAAAAGGAAAGGGAAAAGAGAAGCCUGUAAAAGGAUCAGAAGCCAAAAAGUUAUAUUUGGGCAGUAAACUGCACAGAGCUCUUUUCAUUUACAAGAAGGGCAAAUGUGAGAAGAGAUAA